UCGAGCAGUCAUUUGAAAUAGUUCGUUUUCGUACACCAUCCAGAACAGUCGUGCUGUGUAGAAAGCCGAAAAUGUCCGUGAUACAAUUUGCGGAAGAAUUUACGCGUCUAAUCCUUCGUCACACGAAAACAAACGAGUUAUCGUCAGAUGAUAUCAUGCCUUUAAACAAUGAAGAAAUAGUGUUUACCAUACAUCAUGUGCUUGACGCACUCAACAUAAAGAAUUUUAAUGACAAGAAUAAUAAUAGUAAUCUGAUAGAAACAUCCAAUGGCAACGCUGAAAUAAAUCCAGAAACUUCGACUAUAAAGAUAAAAUGUGAAUUAGAUAUGGAGGAUGCAUCCAGCUGUCCUGAAGAUGUACAAUCUGUUUUUACGAAUGAUUCGUCUGUUUCUGAAGUCUCACUACCAGUUCUUAAAAAAGAACGAGAGGGUUCUUUCGAUGUAUUACAAAACGAAAAAAAGUUUAUUUCACGAUCGAAUCCUAUGAUUUGCGUAAACAACAUUAGCAGAUCAGACACUUUUAUUCGCGAGGGAAACCAGAAAAAGAUUGAAGAGGAAGUUUUCGAAAGUAAUUUAUCAGGAUAUCUACUCGUAACAUUGACCGAAAUACGAAAGUUUCUUAUGAACAUCACAGUGAAGCUGAAUGAUCUAGAACAAUUAUUGCCAAACAAAAUUACGGUAAAAAAGCAAAAAUCAUCUCUAACUAAUAGCUAUUCUAGUCCCCGUCGCACUUCAACUAUAAACAAAACGAGGGUGUCAACUAACGCUUGCAAAUCAAGUAGCAACUUGUCUGGAACACCGACGUCUUCUAAAAUGCUUGCAACAGAAAAUAAAAAUAUUUUCGAAAGACGUAAAAGUACAGGCGGAAUUGGGGCUAAUGCUGUAGCUCCUGAAAAAUCUGGCACGUCUACGCCAAAAAUGGAUACAUCAAAUCGCAGUCACAAUCAAUCGGUAUCAAUUAUGAAUUUAUCAACAUCUAGCAAGAUAUCACCAUCCGUUGCAAAUCGACCUCAUAAAUUUACGAAAAAUCCGAAAUACGCUCAUGUACGAAGCACUAUACCGAAAGCAAUCAGUCAAAAGAAAAAGAUACAAGAAUCAUAAUAACCGUUAAGAUAAGGUAACACAGUAAAAUAAUUAUAUUUAUUUAUAAAAUAAGAAACAAUUUUGGAGUCAAAUUCCUUACACUGUUUUGCUACAGACGACUUUAAAUUCCUGUAUUUACUUAAUAAUUUGUUUAUAAUCGCAUAUUUGUUUAAUAAUUUGUUCAUAAACUAAAUUAAUAAAAUUUUAUAUAUAACC